GUGAGCGGAUACACGGUAUUGUCUUUGAAAAGAUGAUCAUUUACAAGUGUCGCUUUAGCGGAGAUGAAAUGCUCUCCGAUGCCUUCAAGCCUGUCCCGGUCAAAGACGAGGACGGCAACGAAGUUCCGGGACUGAUUCAGAUUCAGUCUCAAAAAGUCAGCAAGGAUACCGGUGGCAGCAUUGAUAUCGGCUGCGGAAAUGAAUUUGGAGGAGGGGACGAUGAGGGUGCUGAUUCUGGUGCUGAGCUCGUCAACAAUGUCGUAGAUGAGACUUUUGGAUUUGACCUGCACGAGAUCCCAAUGGGCAAAAAAGACAUAAAGGAAUACCUUCAGCUUUAUUGCAAGAAUCUUCGGGCCAAGCUCAAGGAAGACGAUAAAGUUACGGGGCCGGAAGUCAAGGCUUUUACGCAGGCAGCUCCGGCCUUCUGCAAAUGGAUUCUUUCCAAGUACGAUGAUAUGCAGUUCUUUACCAGUAGCUCGAUGGACCCGGAUGGUAGUAUGGCCUUUGCCUACUACGAGGAUGUCGAUCCUCUCUUUGUUUUUAUCAAAGCUGGUCUGAUUGAAGAAAAAUGUUAACCACAUC